AUGUUGGUACUAAACUGUUCUACCAAAUUGCUGAUACUGGAGAAUUUGUUGAAGAGUCACUUUCCUGAAUCUCUCAAGGUUUAUGGAGCAGUGAUGAACAUAAAUCGUGGCAAUCCCUUUCACAAAGAAGUGGUAUUGGAUUCGUGGCCAGACUUCAAAGCUGUCAUCACUCGGCGACAGAGAGAGGCUGAGACAGAUAACCUCGACCACUAUACUAACGCCUAUGCUGUGUUCUACACAGAGGUCAGGGCUUACCAAGAGCUUCUAGAAGAACAUGAUGUUAUUAACUGGGACCAAGUUUUUCAAAUACAAGGGCUACAGAGUCAAUUAUAUGCUGUCUCCAAAGCUGCUGCCAGUGCUAAGCAGUUAGAUGUGGACAUAAACCUGACUUCCUUCAAGGCUGUUCAUUUCUCUCCGGUUUCAUCUCUGCCUGACACCAGUUUCCUGACAGAGUCUCCCCCCAGGCUGACCUAUCUGAGUGUGGCUGACGCCGAUCUGCUCAACAGGACCUGGUCUCGGGGUGGCAAUGAGCAGUGCCUGAGGUACAUUGCCAACCUCAUCUCCUGCUUCCCCAGCGUGUGUGUCCGCGACAACCAGGGAAACCCACUCUCCUGGGGCAUUACAGACCAGUUUGCCACUAUGUGCCAUGGCUACACCCUGCCCGAUCACCGAAGGAAGGGCUACAGCCGCUUGGUGGCCCUCACGCUUGCCAGGAAACUACAGAGCCGGGGCUUCCCGGCUCAGGGAAAUGUCCUGGACAGCAACAGGGCCUCGAUAAACCUCCUGGAGAGUGUCCAGGCUGAGUUCUUGCCUUGUCGUUUCCACCGGCUUAUUGUCACCCCCGCACUUUUCUCCAGACAAGCUCACCCUUAG